AGCUGGUAUGUAACCCACCCAGCCCCGGUAGAGGAUGCCACACUACUGUCUCCGCGCGUUUGGGAUAGGGAUAGCACAGCAGAGAAGCAGCGAGCUAGGAUACAGCCGCACCUUUUGGAGUGUCCGUGCAGGGGUGUGGACUAGGACUGGCCACCCCGAGAUGGUGUAAACAAACGCACUUUCGCCCCUCACCAAGCUCCAAGACGGAGUGCCAACAUGUUGACAAGGCUAUUCAGCGAGGUCCUGCCGGAUGUCCAGAAGCUAUCGGGUUGGGUGGAGGACAGCGAGGGAGAGGACUCAAAAACCAAGGAGGAGGACAUGGGUCACCUGGAAGACGACGACUUGGAUGACGGCGACGCCAGAGAGGGAAGCAGUCGAGAUCAGUCCGAGAUGGCAGGAGAUGACGAUGACGAUGAUGACGUCGAUGAUGAGGACUGUGGGGACGAGAACGAGGGGGGAGACAAACCCAAAAAGCGCGGCCCAAAGAAACGCAAGAUGACGCCGGCAAGGAUUGAGCGCUCCAAGGUGCGGCGUCAAAAAGCCAACGCACGAGAGAGAACGCGCAUGCAUGAUUUGAACUCUGCGCUGGACAAUUUGCGCAAAGUAGUCCCCUGUUAUUCUAAAACGCAAAAACUCUCCAAAAUAGAGACGCUGAGACUAGCUAAGAAUUAUAUAUGGGCACUUGGGGAGAUAUUGCGCAAUGGGAAAAGGCCUGACGUGGUAUCCUAUGUGCAGACGCUGUGCAAAGGCCUGUCCCAGCCCACCACUAACUUAGUAGCAGGUUGCCUGCAGCUCAACUCUCGGAACUUCUUGACAGAACAGUGUCCAGAUGGGGCAAGGUUUCAUGUCCCUAACUCUUCUUUCUCCGUGCACCCCUAUUCCUACCACUGUCCUCGUCUGUCUAGUCCUCAGUGCCAGCCCGGCGGCUCCAGUGGGCAUAUGAGGACCCAUAACUACGGCUACGGUGACGCGGUCUAUCCAGGAGCAGUCUCCCCGGAGUACAACAGCCCAGACUAUGAGGGCCAUCAUAGCCCGCCUGUGUGUGUCAACGGCAACUUUUCCGUGAGACAACAAGAGUCUGUGUCGCCGGAUGCAGACAGGAACUAUCACUAUGCUAUGCACUAUUCUGGACUGUCUGCCUCGCGCGCACCCGCUGCCCACGGCCUAGCGUUUGGUCCCUCGGGAGCGCGCGGCGGUACCGCGCACUCUGAAAAUGUGCCGCCACCGUUUCAUGACGUGCACUUACACCAUGAUAGGGCGCCGGUAUACGAGGAGCUGAACGCCUUCUUCCACAACUGAACCCCACAAAAACAUACAUUCCCAUCGGACCCCUAAAUAGCAAAUUGACAAUGAAGUUAUAAUAAAUAGCCUACCCAUUUUGAAACUGGAUAAGGUUUUAACAGGGCGGGACAUUGGGUGUCCGCGAGGAAUUGAGAGAAAAAGCACUAUAUUCUCAAUUUUGGUCCUCUGUUUGAUGUCAUUCCUGAACUAUCAAAAUGUACAUUUUAAGGUGUGUCAGAAAUCAAUAUCAAAUGUCGACCUGUACGCAGAAUUUGAGUGCAAUUAAAAUCAAUGAUGUAUAGGCCUACAUGAAUGAAACAUGUUAUGAUAAAAAAAAUAAAAACAUAUUUUAUAAAUGUC